AUGGGUACUGGAGACUUGAAUCUAUUGAAAUCGUGGAACCCUAAGCUUGUCAAAAAUAGAAAGAAAGUAUGGGAAAAAGAACAAAGACUACUAGAAGAGGACGAGAAGAUACGAAAGAGACAGCUUGAGAUAGCGAAGGAGAAAGAAGAAGAGGAGUUACUUGCGGGCAGGGACUCUACUAAGGGUAGAAAGACUGGGUUGGAAUGGAUGUAUCAGGACGAUCCCACAGCAAAGGAGGAUUACUUGCUCGGAAAGAAGAAACUAGACACUACAGUUAUAAAAAAAGCAGAAGUGAUGGAGGAAAAUCAAACCCCACUAACGAAAAUUAAUAAAACUACUGUUAUUCCUGACGCCAUUUACUCAAAAGAGGAUCCAAUGGCUCGCUUUGGCACAAAAGUUAAACGUAACAAAGUUGUUAAGAAGGAGCCUGUGAAGCCGUUACGAGGUAAAACUACGAAUGAGCCACGAACUGACAACAUAAAACCAAAAUCUGACUACAAGAAACGCUUACAAGAAGAACUUGACUACUGA